CAGCGCAGAGUUCAGACGUUUGCAAUCUAAAGGAAGGCCUAGAAAGUGUAUUCACGUUCAAGGGCUGGGUCUGUGAUAAAAAAAAAUAUAUUUUAGAUGGUUUUUAGAGCCACAUUUUAAACUUUGAAUCGAAUGGUGUCUGCAAACUAACAGCUAGGACAAGGACGAAACAUGUUAGGGCGUAUCCUAGCCCAACUUUGAGCUACGAGGAACUGAGACCGCGCUGCAAGGACAAUAGCCCCCACUGGCAGAUCGGCGACUGUGAGAUGGAUAAUUACAACGGCAGCAAGGCGUCCACGCCACUGGCCAGCGGACAUCCGAAUCCAAGCGAGCAGCAGGAAGCCAUCGCCUUGAAGAAGGCACUUGAGUGGGAGCUGAGCCUGGAUGCCCGAGAGCUGCGCUCGCAUGCCUGGUAUCAUGGAGCCCUGCCACGCCAGCGCGCGGAGGAGAUCGUUCAGCGGGAGGGAGACUUUCUGGUCCGGGAUUGCGCCUCUCAGCCGGAUAAUUAUGUGCUCAGCUGCCGGAGCAAGGCGGCUGUCCUGCACUUUGUUCUCAAUAAGUUGGUACUUCAACCGGAAACUGUGUAUGAGCGCGUGCAGUUCCAGUUUGAGGAGGAUGCUUUUGACACGGUCCCCGACCUCAUCACCUUUUACGUGGGCUCCGGCAAGCCCAUAUCAGCAGCUUCGGGCGCUCUUAUACAGUUCCCCUGCAAUCGCACCUAUCCGCUCUCCUUUUACGGCCACAAGAUCGUGGGCAAUCAGCUGCACACCCAAAUGCUGGCCGGCCUCCGUGGUCUAAGUCCCCUGAACUCUCCGAUGGGCAAUAGUGGCAACGUGGGGAUAGGAUCAGGCAGUGCCGGUGUCUUCCGCUUCGAUCCCUCGCAGCAGCAGCCACCGGGCUCCCCGGCCAGCCCACACUGCUCGCCUCCGCGGGCCAGACGUGAAGUUCCGUCGCCACCGCGGCUUCCAUGCAAGAAGCAGCAGCGCUCCCAAAGCCUGACUCCCGCCCAGGCCAUGGUGGUGAGCAACAUAAACAAGCUGCAGGAGCAACAGCAAUUGCAGGAAUUAGCAAACGGAAAUGGCAACGGGCUGACACGCUUCCAGACCAUCGCCAGGUGCAACCCCACCAGUGAGCAGCAGCAGCAUCUGGAGAGCAAAUUCACUACCCACUCUCUGCCACGACCCAGUACUCUGGCCUCCCAGACGCUACGACAACAGGCGGCGGCACGGAUUUCGAGCCUUGGAAGAAACUGUAGCAUGGACUCACCGCCGACAGACUCCAGGCCGCCCAGUCCACCGCCCAAGCCACGAAAGGAACCAAUGGCCGCUGUGCUGGCCUACCAGGCCAGUGGAUCGGACUCGGGUAACGGUUCUGGGGACUCGGCUCUGGGUGAUGCCAGCGAAGUGAUGAGCAUUCAGCGGGGAGUGAUCAUCAAGAAUCCGAGGUUCAUGACCAGCUCCAUCUCCAAUGGGACGUUGAAGAGCUUCACAGAGUUCGAUGCGUAUGCAGCCGAGGAGCAGCUGUUUACCAUGGCUAUUGAGGAAACAAGAACGGCAAGCAAAUUCGACUUUGAGAACUUCAGCACUCUGCUGCUUCCUUCCGUGGAAAACAAGCCCCUGGACGGCGAUGCUUUGAACACCUUUAAAAUGAUGCUCCUGGAGACUGGUCCUAAGCUCUUGGCCGAACAUAUAACCCGCAUCGAUAUUGGACUGUUCCUAGAGGAACCGACCAACGAGGACGAUUACUAUCUGAGCUGCUCAGGCAUCGAGCUGCUGACACUGCCCCAUGGCAAGCUCUUUCGCGAGGACAUCAUCGAGCGGACACAGUGCAUCAAGCUGAUGGUGGCUGUAACCAUACUAACCUGUCAAACGGACUUGGACCGGGCCCAGCUCCUCAGCAAGUGGAUUCAGAUUGCGGUUGAGACAAAGACGGCCCUGGGGAAUCUGUUUGGGUUCAGUGCCAUCAUGCUGGGACUGUGCAUGCAGCAGAUCCAAAAGCUUGAUCAAGCCUGGCACAUCCUGAGGCAGCAAUUCACGGACAGCGCUUUCACCUUUGAGGCCAAGCUGCGUCCUACACUGAUCAGCAUGAACGAGGCUUCCAAUCCACAGGCUCCCAAUACGACCGUACCCCAUGUCCUGCUCUACGCCCUGCUAAUCGAUCGUCCCGUCAUGGACAUUAUAAAUCACUCGAACAUUGACGAUCGCCCGGCUUUAUAUCACACCUGCAUAGCUCCUUGGGAGUCCAAGGCCGAUGACUUUGGCAUGACCAUCAAUUUCCUACAUUUGGAUGCCUCUCGGGGAUUCCUCAAGAACCUGGAUCUGUUCCGAAAGAAUGCCAAGGUUAUUCUAGAGGAAGCCAGCACCAGACUGGAUGAGCUCCUUGCAGACGCUUUCCGCACCGAGUUCCAUGUGAAAUUCCUUUGGGGUAGUUCUGGAGCCACUGCCAAGGCUGAGGAUCGUCACAGCAAAUUGGAAAAAGUGCUAACGCUGAUGGCCGACAAGUUUAGCAUGAUGAACGAAAAGUAAAAUGUGGCGCUAAUAGUAUUUAUUUAUUUAUUCUGUUUUAUAGCUCGUAACACGCGAAUGAAAAUAUGCAUCGAGUCGGAACGUAUUAUAUUUUCGUGCUUAAAGAUAAUCCAAAAUGUUCCAUACAGUGCACGUAUUUUACGAAGACUGCUCAACUCAAGUACUUAACUAUAACCACGUAAUCCCCUUAACACUUUUCCAACGAUACAUCUAUGCCCAACUAUCUCCGAUUAUCUCUGGACCCUCCGCAACCUUAAAUUUAGUGCUGUCUCUCUACCUCAGCCUGAAGCACAUUAUGUUACAGUUCAAAUAUUGAUUAAUCCUUACCCGAAGCCUACUUUGAAUAAGUUAACCUUUGCACAAAUAAUUAAAUAUGUCCGUAUGCUACAACAUGUUUUUACCAAAA